UUGAUCUUAAUCGACAUUAGCCGUAAAUUCGCGGUUAACGUUAUGUUAGCCAACUGUCAACCUCUGAAACAGAUUUCAAAGCAUAAUUUAACAGUUUUGACGACAUAGCACCGUGUAAUAAGAUAACGUUAGCUCUCUGUUAUGUUACAUGUAUCGAACUAUUCCAGAAUUAGCCCUAUUGAUGUGUUUGGUACGAACGAAUACAGCCACAGUCCAGCACUAUGAACUACAGUUAAUGUUAGCCGGCUAUAGCGUUAUCCUAGUGUCCCUUUAACGCGCGAUAAAAACUGGCUCUUGGCUAACAGCUAAGUAUCAGCUAGAUUCUGGAUGACAUCUUUGCUUGUACUCAGCAGCAAUGGCAGUCCAGCUACGGUUGAGCAAGUGGUGAGUGGCCUAUUUCACCAUGUACUUCUGCCACUGAUGAGCUCCCCCUCAUCACCACAACUCACAGAUACAAGUCACACUCACUCAGCCAUGGGCACUGAAUAACCUCAGAAAAGGUGAAGGAAACACCCCCCCCGCCCCCCCCACUGGUCCUUUAUGUAGCUCUCCAUCUCUGCCCCCUCCUGGAGUGACGCCACUGUCUCCCAUCUGACAUUUUUGCACUCCUGCAACCGUCUAGUCCUGCGUCGGUGGUCAUCAUGCUGCUACUCAAGCGUAGGAUGACUGCCACCUAGGCCCCUUCAUGCGUCCCUUGAGUGGCGAGUGUGAGCACUCACCCCCUCCUCCCAGAAGUGUGUCGAGCCCCACUCCUCUGCCUCCCCCUGCUCUCCUCAGACCUCCUUGCUCAGAGAUGUCUUUGCUGCAGUCACUGGGGCCUGUGCAGAACUGGCUGGGUCAGGAGCUGGAGAAAUGUGGAAUUGAUGCUGUGAUCUAUACCCGCUAUGUGCUCAGUCUGCUCUUGCACGACAGCUAUGACUACGAUCUGCAGGACCAGGAGAAUGACAUCUUUUUGGGUUGGGAAAAGGGCGCCGGGAAGAAAUGGGCCAGGAGCCGGAGGAAGGGGGGGGCAGACGUGAGUCUGGAGGAGAUGAAGAAACAAGCAGCUGUGCAGUGCCUGCGUUCUGCAUCUGAUGAAAACUCUGGAAUUGAGGGUCUUGUUGAGGAGCUCUGGUCCAGACUAAAGGAACUCCAGAACAAGCAGAAAGAGAGAGGGAGACAAACAAACAAAAAAUCUGAAGGAGGUCGGUCACCAGAUUUGGCUGUGUCACCAUCCUUGAAAGACCAACUGGAAAUGUACAAUGAAGCCUUUCCGCCACUUUCAGAGAAAUCGGUUUGUCUUCAGGAGAUAAUGACUGUGUGGAACAAGGAUAAAUCCAGCACAUCUUCCUCACAGGCUACCCCAAACACCAGCACUGACACCUCUGCACCUAAAGAUUUUUGUAGUGAUGGUGAGGCCUCCAGAGGUGAAACCUCAAAGACCUGCGGUAUCAGUAGUACAGCCAUCAUCACAUCAGUAAUUGGUGAAAGGAUUCCACAAAGGCGUAACAAGAAAGAGAAAGAGAACAGACAGCAGCACGGAGUAUCUUCUUCUGGGAUGGUAGAGGAGCGAGCCUCUCACAAGAAGCAAACCCGGAGUAGGUCGGAGGGAAAAUAUCGCCGCCGGUCCUGCUCCUCUGGCUCCAGUGAGGCAGGUUCGAGCUCCAGCAGUUAUCAGGGCGACAUGAAAAGACAUACCAGCAAAACCAUUCAGAUGAGGCAUAAAUCGCGAGAAAGAGGCACGACCAGAGGCAAGAAGAUUCGGAGCCAAGGGCAAGUUAAACUGUCAUUUAAGGCCAUCGACAAGGAAGAUCGGAAAAAUGCUAUGGGAGGUCCUCAAAAACAGCAGCUACCAAUCUGUCCAAAAAAGGGAAAGAGGUCUCUUAAAGAGAUCAAGAAAGAGCCUUGUUGUGGGAUGGAGUUAAAGGAGUCACUCUACGAUAUAAGAAACAAAAAAGAGUAUGUGGAAGAACCACUGUGGUACACAGAACCUCUGACGGAAUAUUUUGUUCCCGUCAGCUGUAGGAAGAGCAAACUUGAGACAACAUACAGGAACAAUCCGGACUCUCCUGGUGGAUCCCCUGUGUCUGGAGAUAAGGACAGGCUGGCGGAGCGGAUGCAAGGGAUUUGUUAUGCCAGUGCUCAUUUCCAGAGGGCUUAUCUUGCAGCAGGGACUUUCGUUGACGGGCACUUUGUUGAAUUGCCAGAUGAAAGCAGUGAGGAGGCUGUUGUUGAAUUCAGUAGGACCUCAUCCAGCCCAGCACACGAGGAGGAUAGUCGAGAUUUAGAUGAUGAUGAGCAUCUGGCUGAAUUCACUGACUUCUAUGAAGUCGAGAUUUAUCCAUCCAUAUUGGAUCCUUGUGCCUCAGACUCUGUCCAAGAGAGUCGAAUCCUAAACAUGAUUCGCCAAAAAAAAAGCAUAGAGCAGAGAGAAUUUGAGGCAGAAUGUUUAGUGUUAGAUGGCCUUCAGCUGCAUGGGAAAAGUGCAAUAAAUACAGAGACACUGGGAGAGACAUCUGGAACCGAUGGGUUCCUCUGGAAAGAUUUUGAAAGUAUUGCUCAAGUCUGUGAAUGUUAUUCAUCGUCCAGUUCAGAAGUAGAUGUAGAUCGAGGAGAAAGCUUUGUUGGGGACUCUGACCCUGUUCAGCUGUCCCCAGUAUUUGAUAGUACAAUGUUUAAUUUGUGCGAGCUGUCCGAAGAAUGCAUCGCUCCAGAAGCUAGCUGUGAUGGUGGCCCACACCUGAACACCAACAGCUGUUUCUCACUUUUUGAGCUGCAGUGUGGUGAUAGCCCCACUUGUUGUUUUCCAUGUGACUCUAUUACUGGUUGUCAUGACACCACCACAACUCACAAGACGACAAGUAGCAGUCUAGAUGGUAACUAUGGUAACAACAAACAGUCUCGUUUGCUCAUAUGGACCCAAAACAGUGCCUUUGAUGGAACGGAAAACUGUUCUAAUCUUUCAACACGGACUUGUAGCCCUUGGUCUCACUCCGAAGAGACUCGUUCAGACAACGAGCAAAUAAAUGUUCCGUCGGAGGAGUUGUUGGCUCCGAAUGCUAGUGAGGAGGAGAUAACAUCCAUAAUUAUUCCUUACAUCCCAGCGACGUAUCUGGAGGAAGAUCCCCUUGAUUUUUUGAAGGAUGCUGAAGUACCGCAACAAAAUGCAACACACACAGUUUCAAAAACAAUAUCCAAACUGGAAUCCGUUUGUGGUAUAGCAUUGGAGACGGACGAGAGUGGACAGUAUGACACUGGCAUAUUUGAUGAUGCUAAUCAACAGGACAAAGACUACACCACCUCAGGGAUAAUAAAGGACAUUUGGACAACUGUUGGAGAUUAUUCUACACACAUGGAAGAAGAGAAGCCUCAUUUUGAGGAGCUACUCUUGGAGGAUAUAAGGAACUACCACUACUGUGGUUGUCGUGAAAUGAAGCUGACCGGUGCUGCACAUGUGCAGACCACACACAAGAAAGCAGUGCAGUGUUCCGUGUAUCACCUGUGGGAGGAGGAGGAGAGUGAAGGUCAAGAGUUGUUGGCUAAAAAUAAUAAGCUGUCCAAGACCGAUAGUGGUGACUAUACGACCCCCUUCUUGAAGCCCUGGGACGCGAGUGCAGACAAAGACAACUCAUCGUUCAUCCUUGGGGGAGUGUACGGUGAACUGGGGUCUUUUGGAGGUGAUCAGGACUGGGCUGCUAUUCAUCCAUCAUCUGGCAAUGCCCAGGGCCUGCUGCAGUGUGCUGCUGCAGCGGCGGCAGCCUCCUCCGAUGUUGUCACAACGAUUACAGGCACUGACGUGUUCAUGAACACCACGGGAAACAACCGCUUUGCUCCUGGUCUACACAAGCCGCUCUGGAGACCACUGGUCUCCUCCUUUGGUCAGAAUGACCACCAGGCUGCUGUGAAAAAAAGAGACCGAUUGACCAAGGGGUUUUCUUUUAUCUUCCAUGAAGAUUUGAUCGGAACCUGUUCCGGUCUCUACGGCGAUGAAACAGACCAGGAUUACUCGUUCUCGUCGUUUGAUUUGAGCGAUCCCUUAUCUCAAGUGCUCCACGUGGAGUGCUGUUUUGAGCCCACUGAAAUGACCACCUCGUUAAGCCCAGGGUUCAAACCCAAGUCAAUUCUUUGCUCAGACUCAGAGAAGAGUGACAUCUUCUCUUCUUCUCGGCUGUAUGGCAUUAAUCAGACUCAGUAUCGUGCCAUACGCAUAUCCCCAAGGACUCACUUUCGACCAAUUUCCACUUCGGAAUUGUCUCCUCCAGGUGGAGGUAGUGAGUCAGAUAUAGAGGAGUCUGAAAAAGAUGAGCAUAAUAGUCUUCCUACUCUGGUUCAGGCCGCCAAUGUGUUCGAUGACCCACAGGCCGACCUCAAACCCCUGGAGGAGGACGCAGAGUGUGAAGGACCUUAUUACGGAAAGUCAGAACUAGAAUCUGGGAAGUUUUUGCCCAGAUUGAAAAAAUCUGGUAUGGAAAAGAGUGCUCAGACUUCAUUAGAUUCACAGGAGGGGUCUGGGUCUGGUGGGGCACUUUUGUCUGUACCUGAGCAGAAUUAUUUUGCUGAGUGUCAAGUGGUGCCAGCGGCGGCAACUACAGAAUCCACGUCAGAGGAGGCACCAGCACAACAGCAGUCCUCUAGUGACCAGGUGGUUCACGAGGAGGAGACCUGCAGAAGAGGAGGAGGAGGAGAAGCAUUCGGAGAUUCAGCAGGUGGCCUUGUGCUUCCCCACCAAUGCGAGACAACACUUGACCUUGAGAAAUUGCAUGAGUCAGCUAUUUUGAAUGACAAGGAUGAUGAGAGGAACGACUCUCAACAGGAUGAUUGCUUGUGGCAGAGUUCUCUCGUGUCCCCUGUGUUCUCUGGAUCACAGUGCACAGCAGGUAGCAGCACCAUGUGACGAACCAACUUCAGUGUGGAACUGGAGUAAAGACAAGACUGAAUCCUCUCAUCUCUCCACAUCAUAUUUGUUCUUGAUCCCUGUUAACACAACCUCACUGACCUUGUGUGUGUUUGACAACAUAAAAAAAGAAACUUAGUAGAAAAAGGAAUUUGUAAGAUAUAUAUCUUUUGAUGGAGUUAUUUGGGGCAUUUAUUUAGUGUUUGUUUAUAGUUCGUUUCAUUGAAUUAGUCCUCUUUGACCAGAAAGUCAAAGCAUUUCAGGCAGACUGAUGAGACUUUUCCACAUCAUACAUUUUUCCCUCCAAAGUCUCUUAUGGUUUUGAAACUAGCGAGCUGUUAAUCAUCUGAGGUUUUGUGCAUGUUCCUGUCACACUUUCCCUCCCCUCCCCUCCAAAAACCUUCAUUCUGCCACUACAGUUCAGAACCUAUUUUGCUCUAUUGUAGAUUUGAGGGGAGUUUCACGCGGCGACUGGAGACUUGCUGUUGAUUCUAAGCGAUGCCCCCCGCUGCUCCUCCGGGGGCAUCAUAUGUGUGUGUGUGUGCAACUUCCCCUACAUGUACAAGGUUUUUGUUUUUAACAAACGUGUAAAAUAUUGUUUUUGUGGUUUGUUUUUUUUUCUCUUAAAUUCAAAAAUAGGUCUAAAAGUUUAUGGGAAUCAAAAAUUACUAACAAUAAAUGACAGAAAAAAGUGUGAUGCAAAAGAAGUAUUUCCCUUUUGAAGUGGGCACUUGUGGUAUACAUGAUUAUGAAGAUCAUAUACUAAAUAGAUUUGGGGGCACAAAGCUCAUUUGUAGCUUGAUUCCUGAUUUUGAGGGAUAAUUCCAAGACAUUUUUUUUUUUUUUAAAGCCCCCCCCCCUGCAAACACAUUCAAAUGCAUGAAUAUACACACAUGACAGGGUUGAUACAACUGGAAAAAUAAAUAAUAAAGUAGAGAAAUGGAAUUCACAUAUUUGCUCUUUUUUUUGUGUAACCUCAAUGGUCACAUUGUUUAUGUUCAGAGUCUGAUUCCAACUGAGUAUACACACAUGCUGAAUAGUCUAGGUUGCGUGCAGUCUGAAGCGAGUUGUUGACAUAUACAAAACAUCAAAAGUUGUGAUAAACUUGGGCCUUUUAAAAUGGUUCCAUGUGUGGGGUUUUAGUUAUGUUACUGCAUGGAGCUUAAGCUGGAGACUUUUCUUCCCUGCCCCUGUGUCCCCCCAAACAUGUCUGCUUCACAAAUACUACAUCAUUUGACUUGGGCACUGCUGCAGAGACUUGCUUUGAGUAGAUUGCUGUGCGGAGCAUGUCAUGAUUCUAUCUGAUACCAUGAAACAUGCAACAGUUACCUUUUGUGUGUGGGUGCGUGUGUGUGUGUGUGUGUGUCUAUACAAAGAAGUAGCUAAAGUUCCAGUGUAGUGCAGUUUCCUGAGAAACAGGCUAUUUUAUACAGAAGGCCUUCAUCAGCUGUGCAAGCAAAAGGCUUCGGAGGCCACGUUCGGUUGGAUUGCAUUGUCAGAAACAGUUGCAUGUCGCUCAAUGCUUUACACUUUUAUUCUCUGCCUUUGUAUUCCUGUAGAACAUUGCAUCUGCCAAAAACCGUAUACAGCAUCAUUUGGCUUGUGCACUGCUUCUGAAGCCCUUUCUUACAAUUGUAUGCCGAUCUUGCUGUAAUGUGAAAUAACAUGAAACAUGCAAGUUCAUUUCCCCUUAUUUAUGUAUGUCUAUAUUAGGAGUUUUCCUCUUCUUUUUUUUUCUCACAAAAACAGUGAUGUUCAAAUAACUCGGAAGAACAUUGUGGCCUAAGAAGUGCUUUGCUUGCACAGCAGAUGAAAUAUUCCCUACAGUGGAAAAUAGACUAACAAACAUAAAUAUGUAGUUAAUCAGUUCCAUUCUAUGUACACACACUCAGGAAAAGACUCUGAUUGCCGCAUGUCCACAAGUAAAAAAAAAAAAAAAAAAAAGAAUCCAGUUUCAGUUGUUGAAUGAAAAUGGUUAUCUCCAUACAGUAGUCUUACAGAAUAUGAUCGAGUUUAAGGGUUUCAUCAUGUUCGAAUUUCAAGAAAAAAUCUAGAUCAACAAGUCCCAUUUAAACUUUUUAUUUUGUCUUGCAGACAGUAUAAUAGUUUUAGGAACAAGCUCUAUUCUGAGACAGGAUAAAAUGACAUUCAUAUGUAGAUCUCAUUAAAAUUUCAAAAGCUGGAGUGCAAAGUAACCUUUCAUAUUUAUUUAUUGUGGUGUGUGUGUGUGUGUGUGUGUGUAUUUAUGUGUGAGGAGUGUUCAAGAAAGCCCUGGCACAAGAGAAAAAAAAAUAUUAUAUUAAAGAAUAUAUAUUAGGGUAAAUAAACAUGCCUCAGAAACAACAGAGUUCAUUUUUUUUUUUUUUUUUUUUUGGUCCAUCCUGUUAAGAUAAGAGCUUUCAGUCCUCUUGUGUUCACCGAGAUAAUCCACUUCAAUCUCUAUAAUUUAAUGUAUAUUCUGAGUAAAUGAUUUGUUUCAUUGUGGAGUCUCUUCACGUAUAAUAAAGGAUCACACCGUUCUACCCUAA